AUAUGACUGAGGCGCCCAUGGGGGUGGCGGGGCGGCUCUAGGAGCUGGGCGCCAAGCGAGCGCCCUGAAGAGCGACCCCAGCUUGGCGGUGGCUGGCAUGGCCCCCACGCUGUUCCAAAAGCUGUUCAGCAAGAGGAACGGACUGGGCUCGCCCGGUAGGGACGCCCGGGACCCGGACUGCGCGUUCAGUUGGCCUUUGCCAGAGUUUGAUCCAAGCCAGAUUCGGCUGAUUGUAUAUCAAGACUGUGAAAGACGAGGGAGGAAUGUCUUGUUUGACUCCAGUGUUAAGAGAAAAAAUGAAGAAAUAUCAGUUUCGAAACUCUGCAGUGAUGCUCAAGUUAAAGUCUUUGGGAAAUGCUGCCAACUGAAACCUGGAGGAGAUAGUAGUUCUUCUUUGGACAGUUCUGUGACUUCAACUUCUGAUGUAAAGGACCAGUGUCCUAAGUAUCAGGGUUCUCGGUGCUCCUCUGAUGCCAGUAUGCUUGGAGAGAUGAUGUUUGGCUCAGUUGCAAUGAGCUACAAAGGAUCCACCCUAAAAAUUCAUCAGAUUCGUUCUCCUCCACAGCUUAUGCUCAGCAAAGUAUUUACUGCACGAACUGGCAGCAGUAUUUGUGGAAGUCUCAAUACGCUACAAGACAGUCUUGAAUUUAUCAAUCAGGACAACAAUACAUUAAAGGCUGAUAAUAACACAGUUAUUAAUGGACUACUUGGAAAUAUAGGUCUUUCACAGUUCUGCAGCCCCAGGCGGGCAUUCUCUGAACAGGGUCCGCUCCGCCUGAUCAGGAGCGCCUCUUUCUUUGCAGUUCACAGCAACCCAAUGGACAUGCCUGGAAGAGAGCUGAAUGAGGACAGAGACAGUGGCAUAGCACGCUCUGCAUCACUCAGUAGCUUGCUUAUUACUCCAUUUCCCUCCCCAAACUCUUCACUUACCCGAAGUUGUGCCAGUAGCUACCAGCGACGAUGGCGACGCAGCCAAACAACCAGUUUGGAGAAUGGUGUAUUUCCUAGGUGGUCUAUAGAAGAAAGCUUUAAUUUGUCAGAUGAAAGUUGUGGCCCUAAUCCAGGAAUUGUGAGGAAAAAAAAGAUUGCAAUUGGUGUAAUCUUUUCAUUAUCCAAAGAUGAAGAUGAAAAUAACAAAUUCAAUGAAUUCUUUUUUUCACAUUUUCCUCUCUUUGAAAGUCACAUGAACAAACUGAAGAGUGCAAUAGAACAGGCUAUGAAAAUGAGCCGGAGAUCAGCCGAUGCCAGUCAAAGGAGUUUGGCAUAUAAUCGGAUAGUUGAUGCUCUAAAUGAAUUCAGGACAACAAUUUGUAAUCUUUAUACAAUGCCACGAAUUGGAGAGCCUGUCUGGCUUACAAUGAUGUCUGGGACUCCAGAAAAGAACCAGCUUUGUCAUCGUUUCAUGAAGGAGUUCACUUUUCUAAUGGAAAAUGCUUCUAAAAAUCAAUUCUUGCCAGCACUCAUUACUGCAGUUCUGACCAAUCAUCUUGCCUGGGUUCCAACAGUCAUGCCUAAUGGACAGCCACCUAUAAAAAUAUUUUUAGAAAAACAUUCCUCUCAGAGUGUGGACAUGUUGGCAAAAACUCAUCCAUACAACCCACUCUGGGCACAACUGGGGGACUUAUAUGGCGCUAUUGGCUCUCCUGUACGCUUAGCAAGAACUGUGGUAGUCGGCAAACGACAAGACAUGGUUCAGAGACUGCUUUAUUUUCUUACUUAUUUCAUAAGAUGCUCUGAACUUCAGGAAACUCAUCUUUUAGAAAAUGGAGAAGAUGAAGCCAUUGUUAUGCCUGGCACAGUAAUUACAACCACUUUAGAGAAAGGUGAAAUAGAAGAAUCAGAAUAUGUGCUUAUUACGAUGCAUAAAAACAAAAGUAGUUUGCUCUUUAAAGAAUCAGAAGAGAUAAGGACUCCAAAUUGUAAUUGUAAAUAUUGUAGCCAUCCGCUGCUUGGACAAAAUAUAGAGAAUGCUUUACGACAAGAGAGAGAAGAUAUUCAAAACAACUCUAAGGAGCUGCUAAGAAUUUCAAAUGAGUGCAGAAUGAAUUCCUCUUCUGACUGCCAGCAUGCAAAUGCUGAUGGUGCUAAACAGUACAGAGAUAAGUUGAGAGCUUGCCUUGACACCAAGCUAGAGACAGUUGUUUCCACAGGAUCUGCUCCAAUAGACAAAUGUGAAUUGUCAAAGUCAGGCUUAGAGCCAGCAGAAGAGACAUGGCAGAGUGAAGAAUUGCUGGAUUCAGAUAAUCACACAGGCAAAGUGUUGAGACCUACAGGGCUGGUUGUGGAAAAAAAGCCCCCAGAUAAGCUUGUCCCUACUGCAUUUUCUUGUGAGGCAGCCCAGACAAAGGUUACUUUCUUGAUUGGAGAUUCUAUGUCACCUGACUCAGAUACUGAACUCCGGAGCCAGGCAGUGGUGGAUCAGAUUACCAGACAUCACACCAAAACACUGAAGGAAGAAAGAGGGACUACUGAUCAGAGUCAAGAAACUAAACAGACAACAGAGGACCAAUCUAGAGAGUCUGAUAUACCAAACAUUGUUUCUGGAGAGUCCUGUGAACUUUCCUGUUGGAGUAAUUCAGACCCAGAAAGCAUAAGUAUGUUUGAUGAGUAUUUUAAUGAUGAUUCAAUUGAAACCAGGACUAUUGAUGAUAUUCCAGUUAAAACAAAUACAGAUAGUAAAGGACACUGUUAUAUGUUAGAGUUUUCAAAAAAAUUGUAUAUAAAAAAUAGCAAACAGAAUAAUGACUUUUGUAACUGUGUAGAAACAGUUCACCAAGAUACAUGUAAAACCUGCUUUCCUCAGCAGGACCAAAGAGAUAAACUCUCCAUUCUUGUCCCCCAUGGGGAUAAAGAGAGUUCUGAGAAAAAACUUGUUGUAGGAACUGAAUGGGACAUUCCAAGAAAUGAAAGUUCAGACAGUGCCCUUGGGGAUAGUGAAAGUGAAGAUACAGGUCAUGAUAUGACUAGACAAGGAAGCAAUUAUUAUGGAGGAGAGCAAGAAGAAUGGACAGAAGAGGAUGAAAUACCUUUUCCUGGAUCAAAGUUAAUUGAAGUUAGCGCUGUUCAGCCCAAUAUUGCUAACUUUGGCAGAUCUUUGUUGGGUGGCUACUGCUCAUCUUAUGUGCCUGACUUUGUUCUUCAAGGAGUUGGAAAUGAUGAGAGACUUCGUCAGUGCCUAGUAUCAGAUUUGUCUCAUGCUGUGCAGCAUCCAGUGUUGGAUGAACCAAUAGCAGAAGCAGUCUGUAUUAUAGCAGAUAUGGAUAAGUGGACUGUUCAAGUGGCUAGUAGCCAGAGACGAGUGACUGAUAAUAAACUGGGAAAGGAAGUACUGGUUUCCAGUCUUGUUUCCAGCCUACUUCAUUCCACUCUUCAACUUUAUAAACAUAAUUUGUCUCCAAAUUUUUGUGUAAUGCAUCUUGAAGACCGCUUACAGGAGCUAUAUUUCAAGAGCAAAAUGCUGUCUGAAUACUUAAGAGGACAGAUGCGUGUUCAUGUCAAGGAACUGGGAGUGGUUCUGGGGAUUGAGUCCAGUGACCUUCCUCUUCUGGCUGCUGUUGCAAGCACUCACUCUCCCUAUGUUGCUCAGAUACUCCUUUAAUGUGCACAAGGUUGUUAGAAAUGGAUGUCAGUGUGGAAUAUUAAGUUGAAAAGUCAAGGAUACAGAAACAAUGUAAUUACAGAUUUUUUGUUCCUGCCCUGUUAGAAUUUCAUCUGCAUCAGUAACUUGGAUAUCUUCCAUUGCAUUGCAUAUCUUGUGAUCAAUUUUUCCUUUUGAGUAAACUUUUGAGCAUUGAUAAUUUUUAAUAUACUGUACCUUUAAAAACAUAAAUAAUUUUUGGGAGAAAACAUUUGAAAAGGCCAAAAAUAUACUUAGAAAUUUCUAUAAAAUUAACAGCACUAACGAAUUUCAUAUGAUAUCUGUGAUAUUGUAAAAAAUCAAGUAACAUGGUUCAUUCAGAUGUGAGUCAUUUUAUGAAGUCAUUAAUUCAUUACAUCUAGGUAACAGCAAAUAUAAACAUUUUUUGUUUCUCAAUUCAAAAUAAUUUUCUGACAUUUCUGAAAGUAUGGAAGACAGUAUAUAACAAUAACAAUAAACUCAGAAUAAUGAGUAUAAAUUUGUGUUACAUUACUACCCGCAUGUACAUAUGUAUCUACUUUUUUGAAUAGACCAGGUAGACUGCAAGAUUGCUAAACAUGUCUCUCUCUCUCUCUUUUUUAAAAUAUUUUCAACUAUUAUUGACUAUAUAUAAUGUUGAACUAUUACUUUCUAGUGUUUUGUUUAAUGAACCCUAAGUUACAAGUAAAACCAAUCUUUUUUAAAGACUAAGGAGUGUAGAUUCCUAAAAUAAAAAUACUUUAUAACAUGUUUUGCUUAUAAUUCUUAUAUAAUACUUAUAUUUGCUAUCGAAUUUAAUAAAUAAAAAAUUAGGAUUAAAAAUUACACCAAAGCAUUGACAUAAAUUAAUCCUAUUUCUUUUAAAAGUGCUCAGGUAGCUGAGACCCUUCCUUUUCUGGUAUCAGCCCCUUUCCAGCCCAUGUGAACUAAGUAUUUGUCUCACUGCUUCAUAAUGUCAGUUUACACUAGUAGAACACAUUAUCUCUUAAAAAUUCUCUGUAAUAGCUCCUCUCUUCAAAAAACUGUUUUUUGCAAAGAUUUUCACUUUUCAAUUGUUACUAGUUCUUGUAUAUAUUACAGAGUGUUGCUUGUAAGAAAAGCAAAUAUUCGAACCAAACUUCUGUAAGUAUUGUAAAUAGAAAGAUGGGUAGAUAAAGUUUUCAAUAUGCUCUACUACCUCAGUUUACUUGAAUACGACAUUAGGAAUUCUUCUUUACUUACCUGGUUUAAGAUAUUUUUAAUGCUGGAAAUAAAGUUGGUUUCUUCUGUCAUGGACUGUUUUCAUUAUAAUUGUUUGAUUAGCUUAUAAAAACAAAACCACUUGCUUAUUCUGUUACUAAAUACAUUUAUUGUAUAAUAUAUACCUUCUUGCUAUUUAAAUUUUCAGUAAUUAGGGGAGAAUGUGGUUUGUUUAGUCUUUGAUCUUCAAUUUAUAGCAAUGGCUACAUUUACCCAUGGUUUUUUGUGUACUCAAGAAAUCUAGAUAAAAGAAGAGAUGUUUAAUGGAAUGUAAACCUGAAAUUGGUGUACAGUCAGUUUGGCCCUUUAAUAAUCUACUCCCACUUAAUACCAAGUCUGCCAGGGCUAAAUCACUGCCAAAGUGUAAUUUUCUUUGUCUUAAUUUUCUUAUUCCAUCUAUUAAUAAAAUUCUCUCCUAGUCUGGAAUUCUGUCAGUUUCUCUGGCAGGUUUUAUGUGGGCCAUUGUAGAUUUUUUUCUUCUUGUAGCUCAGAAUGAUAUCUAGCAGGUACACAAUUUUUAUUUUGUAUAUUGAAAUAAUUCCAAAGGACAUAACUAGUAUAAUCUGAACAGAUCAAUGACUAAACAAAGAAAUGGAAGUGGCAUUAACAAAUGCUUCAUAAAAGUAAACUAUUUGCAGUUCUAUUUGAAGCUCCUAGCAAAUUCCUAGUUAGUUAGACUUCAAUAAGUAAAUGGCUUAUGUUUCCAAACUUGGAUAGAAUGGAAAAGGCCCAUAAUUUCUUAUAGAAAAUUAAUCCUUAUAGGAUUUCUUUGUUUUAUAAUUCCCAAGUCUUCUGUAGUUUCUCUUGACUUUGUGAUAGUUAUUCUUUCCUUACACAAAGCCCAAGAAAUGAGCUAUUUCUUUAAAAUGUGGUCAUUGUGAAGAAUGUGAAGCAUUUUUGACCACUUUGAAUUUUUUUUUUUAAUGGUACAAACAACAGUAUGUGUUACAUAUCUUAAAAAACCUGUUUGUCACAACAGGACAUGAAAAAGGGAUCUUUGCAUUGUAGAUUUAAAAAAGAGUUUUUCCUUGUAUAUAAAACAGUUGGUUUGAUUUUAACAUUACUGGCUUUUAUUAAUGUCUUAACUUUGGUUUUAAAAAUGUUAAGUGCAAUAAACAUACUAGUACAGAUUUCAUUUUGUUGUAAUUGGCUUACACUGGUGAUGAUCACUUUUAAAAUAACAUUUUCACAAUACCUAAUUCUGGUAGAUGUCUUACAAGAAUGUUUUGCUUUCUCUUAAGUUAUUUAGAUGGUGGGAUAUAUAAAAUGUACAUACUUUUUCUUUGUUCUGUAUACAUUUCUCAAGUGUACACCUGUAUUAUAAUCUCCCAGUUCUAGGGGAAAUUUGUGCAAUAAAUACACAUGUCAAUUUGA